UAGCAGGGGCAGGCCCUGCCUCCUGAAGCCCGGAGCACUGGAGCCGGGCUGGGGAAUGGGAAACAGCUCCCGAGCUGGGUCUCCAGAAGUGCGUGCAGCAGCCGCCCCGGCCCCUCUCGCUCGGCAGCAUCCAGCGUGGAGAGCAGCGCUCCUGCCUGGCGCCCUGACACAGGAUGGACGUUCCUAAGCGCUGAGCUCAGCUGCUCGGAAAAGCAAGUAGGAAAAUACACAGCUGGAUAAAAUUGAACAUGAUCAGAAGAUAGCAUCGUACACCAUGACCAUGGCUCCGCGUAAGAGGAAUCGUCAUGCGUUGGGGUUUCUUUGUUGUUUUGGGGGUAGUGACCUCCCAGAAAUCAAUCUUAAAGACAAUAACCCCCUCCAAUUCCUUGAGUUUUCUGUCCCAAUCCCACCAGCAGAGGAGCUCAAUGCCAGAUUCUCAGAACUUGUGGAUGAAUUGGAUCUCACAGAUAAGAACAGAGAGGCUAUGUUUGCACUCCCUCCAGAGAAGAAAUGGCAGAUUUACUGCAGCAAAAAGAAGGAACAAGAGGAUCCUAAUAAGCUUGCUACCAGCUGGCCAGAUUACUACAUUGACCGCAUCAACUCCAUGGCAGCAAUGCAGACUCUGUAUGCUUUUGAUGAAGAAGAAACAGAAAUGAAAAAUAAAAUAGUUGAAGACUUGAAGACAGCUCUGCGAACUCAGCCCAUGAGGUUUGUAAUGAGAUUUAUUGAGUUGGAUGGCCUGAGCUGUUUGCUGAAUUUCCUGAAGAGCAUGGACUAUGAGACCUCAGAGAGCCGUAUACACACAUCCGUUAUAGGGUGUAUCAAGGCAUUGAUGAACAACUCCCAAGGAAGGGCUCAUGUCUUGGCUCAUCCAGAGAGUAUCAACAUCAUCUCCCAGAGCUUACGAACUGAGAACAUCAAGACCAAGAUUGCUGUGCUGGAGAUCCUUGGAGCCGUCUGCUUGGUACCAGAUGGACACAAGAAAGUCUUGCAAGCAAUGCUUCACUACCAAGUCUAUGCUGCAGAAAGGACAAGAUUCCAGACAUUGUUGAAUGAGCUAGACCGAAGCAUGGGGCGUUAUCGAGAUGAAGUAAAUCUCAAAACAGCCAUCAUGUCUUUUAUCAAUGCUGUUCUGAAUGCUGGUGCUGGUGAGGACAAUUUGGAGUUCCGAUUACACCUACGAUAUGAGUUUCUGAUGCUGGGAAUUCAACCUGUCAUUGACAAGCUAAGAGGACAUGAGAAUGCCACAUUGGACAGGCACUUAGAUUUCUUUGAGAUGGUCAGAAAUGAAGAUGAUCUGGAGCUUGCCAAGCGAUUUGACCUGAUCCACAUUGAUACAAAAAGCGCCUCUCAGAUGUUUGAGCUGAUCAAGAAGAGAUUGAAGCAUACAGAUGCCUAUCCCUAUUUGUUAUCCAUCCUCCAGCACUGCUUACAAAUGCCUUAUAAGAGGAAUGGAGGAAACUUUCAGCAAUGGCAGCUGUUGGACAGAAUACUCCAACAGAUUGUUCUUCAGGAUGAGCAAGGGGAUGAUCCAGAUAUAGCUCCAUUGGAAAAUUUCAAUGUCAAAAAUAUUAUUAAAAUGCUGGUGAAUGAAAAUGAAGUCAAGCAGUGGAGGGACCAGGCAGAGAAGUUCCGGAAAGACCAUGCUGAGCUGAUGAGCAGGCUAGAAAAGAAGGAACGAGAAUGUGAGACAAAGACCCAGGAGAAAGAUGAAAUGAUGAAGACACUAAACAAAAUGAAGGACAAGCUGCAGAAGGAAUCCUUGGAGCUGCGCCAGACCAGGGACCAGAUGAACGACCUGGUAGCUCAGCUUAAUGAGUUUUCGCAAGGUGGCAGCAUUUCUUUCCCACCCCUCCCACCCCCUCCUCCUGGUGGCCCAUUAGCUUUGUCCUCUUCUCUGAUGUCAGAGAAUUUGCCCCCGCUGCCACCCCCUCUGCCUUUCUCCAGCUGUCCCCCUCCUCCUGCUCCACCACCUCCUCCAGGAGGACCUCCUCCCCCACCAGGAGCACCACCUUUCUUCAGUAUGGGGAUGUCACCCCCUCCAACAACCACCACCUUCAGCAGCAGUGGCACCAGCCUGAAGAAGAAAUCCAUCCCGCAGCCUUCACAUCCACUGAAAUCGUUCAACUGGGCUAAGCUGAGUGAGGAGAGAAUCCAUGGCACAAUCUGGAAUGAAAUUGAUGAUUUAAAGGCAUUCAAGGUGCUGGAUCUAGAAGACUUUGAAAAGAUGUUCUCAGCAUAUCAGAGACACCAGGACCUGCUAACUAACCCCUCCUCCUGCAAGCAGAAAGAGAUGGGUUCAACAGAAGACCUUUACCUCUCCACACGAAAGGUGAAAGAGCUCUCUGUGAUUGAUGGCCGGAGGGCCCAGAAUUGUGUCAUUCUCCUUUCCAAGCUGAAGUUGUCUAAUGAAGAAAUCAGACAGGCAAUCUUGAAGAUGGAUGAACAAGAAGACCUGGCCAAAGAUAUGCUUGAGCAGCUGCUGAAGUUCGUUCCUGAAAAGAGUGAUACUGACCUGUUGGAGGAGCAUAAACAUGAAAUUGAGCGCAUGGCCCGGGCGGAUCGUUUCCUCUUUGAAAUGAGCAGGAUUGACCACUAUCAGCAGCGGCUGCAAGCAUUAUUCUUUAAGAAGAAGUUUCCAGAGAGGCUGGCAGAAGCAAAGCCAAAAGUAGAAGCCAUUCUUCUGGCAUCCAAAGAACUCAUCCGCAGCAAGCGUUUGAAGCAACUCCUGGAAGUGGUUCUGGCCUUUGGCAAUUAUAUGAACAAGGGCCAAAGGGGAAGUGCAUACGGCUUCAAAGUCUCCAGCCUGAACAAAAUUGCAGACACCAAAUCCAGCAUAGACAGGAACAUUACACUGUUACACUACUUAAUUAUGAUCUUUGAGAAGAAUUACCCAGAUAUCCUAGAUAUUCAGUCUGAGUUGCAGCAUCUUCCAGAAGCAGCAAAAGUCAACCUGGUAGAGCUGGAGAAGGAAGUUAACAAUAUAAAGACCGGAUUGAAAGCUGUUGAAGCUGAACUGGAUUAUCAGAAGAGACGCAUGCGGGAAUCUGGAGACAGGUUUGUUCCUGUCAUGAGUGAUUUCAUCACUGUGGCAAGUUUCAGCUUCUCAGAGUUAGAAGACCUUCUGAAUGAGGCUAGAGACAAGUAUGCCAAGGCAUUGAAGCAUUUUGGAGAGAAUGAGGGCAAGAUGCAGCCAGAUGAAUUUUUUGGUAUCUUCGACACUUUCUUACAGUCAUUUGCAGAGGCCAAGCAAGAUCUGGAGAAUAUGAGGAAGAAAAAGGAAGAGGAGGAGCGCAGGGCACGCAUGGAGGCCAUGCUAAAAGAGCAGAGGGAAAAAGAGAGGCGACAAAAGAAAGCAAAAGCAGGAAGUAUCUCUGAGGAGAGUGGAGAAUUUGAUGACCUGGUAUCAGCAUUAAGGUCGGGUGAAGUCUUUGACAAAGACUUAUCCAAGCUCAAACGAAACCGCAAGCGUUCGGGGAACCAGGGCUUAGAGACAAGCCGGGAGCGGGUGGUGACAAAGCUAAAUUAUUAAUUAGAAGAGGAAGAAACAUAAUCAACCAAAAGAAGAUAAUGAAAAAGUGCAAAACAAGGAAGGUGAAUGUGUGCAAUGGCACCUGGCUGACAGCUGCUCCAAAGGGUUUCUUUGGCCUGUGACUAGAGACAUUACCUUUCUAUGAUCAGCUUUCUUCUCGUCCCUCCUCUGUGCUCCUAAUUUGAACCAUUAUAAAAGUGCCUCUAUGGAGCCAGCAGGGUUUGUGACUUGGCCAUUCAGAGCUAAUAGACUUGCUUCUGGGAUUUUAUUGUGUCAUCAAAAGCCUCGCCGUGAUGACAGAAAGUACUUGGGCCUUGCAGACUGCCUUGCAGCUGGAGAAAGAUAAUUUUCUGUGUGCCAAAGUAAAAACUAGCAAUGUUCUCCAUCUUGCUGAUAAUAAGGAAGACAUUAAUUUCAGAGCAGUAGAGCAGCUCUGUAACAUACCUGUUGCUUCUUCAAGAUCUAGAAUGGCCUCAGGGUCUUGUCAAGAAUAAGUUCUUGGUGUUUCCAGUUCCCCUCCAGGAUUGGAUUUUACAGAAAGCCAUCAAUUAGAACCUGAAAAGUGCUUUUGAUCUUCUGUGCUGUAUAAUAGUUUUGUGUGGCCUACAUUGUCCAAAAUAAGUGAUGGUCAGAAGGAAGAAAUCAGGUUCAGGAACAAAUUGGAAUUCAAGAAUCGGAAUCAACAUAACAUACUUUGCAAAAGUCUUUUGGAUUCUGCUUUUAUAGAAGCUGUUUUCCAGAAUUUUUUGAUGGUUGAGCCUUAAAGCUAAGAAAUACAUCUCCUAGGAAAGGAGCUCUGGCUUGCAGUUCAGAAAAGUAAGCCACUGCCUGUUUGGGGUUAGAAAUAGAUACCUGUGGAGCCUGAUGUUGUUGCCAGAGGAUGGAAGGGAAACAGCUGAACAUUUCUUACCUGUUUGUGCAACAUUUCUUAGCACAGUCCAGUGGAAACUGGGAGUUCCUUAGCAUCAUCCACAGGUCAAAAGUAGUGAAAAGCACGUGGGGUCAUUGGCUGCAAGAAAUUAGAUUUCUCCUUCAACUGAUACUCAUUGCAAUUGUUGUUGGGAUGAACUGGAGUUUCCAUCUAACGGGCUUCACUGCGCACACCUCACUCCUACCUAGGAGAAUCACGUAACUCAGUAAGAUACAAAUGGUGUCAAAGAAGAGCCUUGGAGCCCACAGCCUUUCCCAUUUUGAAGGGAUUGCUCAGGAUGAACAAAUGAAGGAUCACAUAUACAAAACUGAGAAUUUUUCUGGAGGACACAGAACUGUAUAAGCUGAGCAGGCUUUGGAGAUGGGUUAACUCAUAGGAAAAAAAUAUUUUUUUAUUUAAACUACACAUGUGAAGCACAGCCAAAAAAGCAAAAAUCUGCAAGAAGACACCUCUUACUCCUGAAUUCUGUGUACCUUCAUGGCUUUAGGAAAGGGUGGGGAUUAUGUGGGUAGUCAUGGGCUUUUCUUUUAAUCUUGUCUUCCUUUUUGAUUAUCCUUCCUAGAGAGGGGAAAAAAGGAAAAGAAAGAAAUGGUGAUGGAUUCUUCCUUCUAAGCAAGAAGAAGAGAGAACAUUUGAGAGAGGGACUUGCCUCUCUCACUAGAGGUGCAAACUGUGCAUCAAUAGUCAACAGCACAAAUGUCAGGGAAUCCCAGGGAAGUGAAAAAAAGCUCCAUUUGUCACUUUAAUCAUUUGAUUUGAUUUUUUUGAAUGUCAUUCAACAUGAGGUUCUGCACUGAGUCUGUAGAACAGAACUUCCUCUUCCAUGCACACUGCCUGAUCAGUAUUACAUACUCCCAAUACUGGGGAAGCAAACUGUGGUGGUUUUCUGAACACUUUGAGAGUAAAAUAAUUUUGUAAACUAUGGGAAAAAGCAAAAUAAGUCAUAACUGUUAAACUCUAAUGUCUCAUUGUUUACUGAAUUUUGAGUCUCCCAUCCCAGAAUUUCCCUAUUUACGACAUUCCAGACUGCCACGCCUCUGAAUAAUACUCAUCGUAAAGAGCUGGUAUCUUACAAGAGCUGGGUGCAUUCUCCUCCCUUAUUAUCCCACUCCCCUUCUGAGAUUAGCAAUUAACAGCAAUGCUCACUGCAGUGGACACAAGCACCUUUUAGAAGAAAGACUGUAUUUCAUAAAGGUUUUUGAAAAUUUAAGAAAAAGCUCUCACUUUUUAAAACAUUUUUAUUUUAAAUUACAAAGUGGAUUUUUAGAAAUGUCUCUUGUAAAUUAUAUUAACGAGCUCCUUGCUGCUCCCUGAUGUAAACAUGCUAUUUCCCAGCCAUUUUUGUUUGUCUUGUUUUAAAGCAUGCCAUAUAACCUAUGCCAUGUAAGCCGUAUGAGAGGUGGUAAUAUGUGCCAAAUUGGUAUACAGUUGAGUUUAGAUAUGGAUAAUCUCUGAAUUCCAAAGAUGAUUUUUUUAAGGAUUAGAGCAUUGUAGUAUUCUCCCUCUGUGUUCUCCCUGGUUUUAGGACUUGCUCAGAAAUUCAAGCACAGUGCCAAGGUCAGCCCUGGUGCAAAAAGAUGUGACUCAUGGCUCUGUCCAGCUUACAGCUGCUUGAUCCCCAGGUACUUAUUUGAUAAGGCAGACUGUCAGCAUGGCAGUACUGUCAGAGAAGGAACAGCUCAGGGCAAAACCCUUGAAUAUAAAUACAGCAUUCUCCCCACCUGGUUAAACCAGGUUCAUGCUGUGCUUUUUGAAACUGAAGCCACUUUGCCAGGCCACAAAUGUAGCAUAAAACAGAGAGAGGACAUGGUGUGAUAAGACGUCUGUCUACUUGUGUACACAGUUCAAUGCUGAUUUAGAGAUCCUGUAUAGUGGUAAAUGGUGCUCCAGCCAUGCUGAGAAAGUCAAAGAAAUCUGCUUUAGUUUUGCCGUCUCAGACACAAUGAAUAAGAGAUUAUACAAUCCUUUAAAUAGCUGUGGGAUACGUUAAUGGAAUUGACAGAAAGUCUGGAGUCAUGCCCCAAUUCAUUGUAGCUCAACUUUCUUAGCACUAUGGAGCACCAGACUUCUGUUUAGAGCCUCUGCUGGUGACUGAAGGCUUCUUUCUGCAUGCUGAACAGUCUCCUCUGACUAUUGACUCCAUGCUAAACAUUCACUGAGAAGGUUUGGGAAAAGCUUGGUUGAACACUGAGGCAAGUAGUGUUUUCUUAAAGCGGUGACAAGUGGAGAAGCCUGUUAGUAUGUCUACCAUAUGAGAUGAGGCUGGCCACAUAGAAAAUAAGGAAAAGGUUGGCUCUGCUCUAGGGCUUAGCUUCAGAUUGUUGGUGAAGCUGCAUUUGUCCUUACAUCUAGUUGCUUGGGUGUUGUGAGCGCAUCUGUGUUCCAUUCUUCACAUGCAGUUGUGGUAGAGUCACUAACUGCUGAAGGAGAUGGGGAGAAUCAUAUUCAGUAUCCUCCAGUGCUAGCAGAGCUCCAGCAGAUACAGCAGGCUGUCAUGAGGCGUAACACUGAGUGACCCUCUCCAUCAGGCUCUGAGAACUGGAGAAAAACAAAGUCUGUUGUUGUCCUUACGGCAUCAACAUUUUAUAUAAAAUUGCCCUCACUUUAGAAAUAAGUACAGGAGGAAAUGAGAGGUGUAUAAUCCAGGACUUAAUCUGCUUUAUUUUUCCUACAGAAAUGCAGGCAACGCUAGCUUUAUGACAGAGUUCCUCACACUGUGAGAGGGAAGUAUUUUUUCGUUCUCCAAACCUUGUCCCCAAAGGUCUAGUCCUCCCUCACUUACCUCUGUAUCUCUGCAUUGUUCUUAAGAAGGUUGCAUUAGGUUGACCCCAGAAAAGACUGAAGAACUUACUUCGCUCCCUCCCCAUUUCACUCCCUUUGGUCUGGGUCACUCUUCACAGUCAGUUACAGCUCUCUGGAAAUCUACAAGGUGAAGUGACUUAAGGGCAGCAAGGACAUUCCCUGCCCUGUAGCACAUCUAUAGUGUUGGCACCUGUUCCCUACAAGGGCAGAUGUAGGACUAGUGUUUAGGGGUGAGAGACUUCCCAACUGGGAGACAAUUUGGGUGUCCUUCAGAAGCAUUUCUGUAAUGUGGUCACAGUGUCUGAGAAAGGGAAAGGAAUUGCGAGGGGCCUUGUCAGAAGGCUGUGGGGUAGAUGUUUCCAUAAUGGCCAGCCCCACUGGCUGAAUCUUUCCUCUUUUUUUUUUUUUUUUUUUUUUUUAGGAAAGCUCAUACUUUGAGCAUGGGAGAAGCUUGUGUCAGGAGUUUCCAUGAGGGGAAUGGAGAUCAGUUGUACAGUUGAUGAUGUACAUGAUGUAUGCAGUUUUGUUUCUGGGUUGGUUGUUUUUGUUUUUUUGUUUGGGGGUUAAUUUUUUUUUUUUUUUUAAAAAAAAAGGUUUUAGGAGUCUCUAAGGGGAACCUGUAAAUCUGACACCUCUAUUUAUUUUGCCUUAUUUUAGUUUGCUAUAUUUGUAUGUAUACAGUGCAUUACAGCAAAGACUAUUGAGACCGUGCCAGGGCAUUACACCAGCUAGAUAUCUGGCUUGGUUAUUCUGCAGCAAGCUGAGCUAGGUGAGUGGCUGCAUGUGAGCAGUGUUGGUGUGGUAAAGGAGGAAGAAAAAAAAACUUUCCUUUGGUUUUCUUCUUAUCACUCUGCCCCUAGUGAUAUUGGAUCUGGGAAGACAAGUGUUUUAAAGCAUAUGGUGAAUUUAUGCAGAUCAGUUAAUUUAGAGCACUUUUUUUUAAAAAAAUAUUUUUUCAUCAAGAAUCACAGUGGGGAGAUUGAAAAGUGUUAAACUGCACAGUUAUUCACUCAGGCUUCACCCUUCAACCCAAAUUCUUGCCAUGAUGCCAAAGUAGCUUAGAUAGAUGUAAAAAAAGUGAUUCAUGCCCUAUAACUUUUCACCAGAGUUAAACUUGUUGGUGAGACAAACUUGGACAGUUCUCCCCUCAGAGCUAUUAUUCCUUCCUAUUUUUCCGAAACCAAGAAACCAGGAUUUCCCCCCUUCCCCUCUUUACUUCUUUCCCUCUUCUCAAGUUUCUCUUUGCAGCCAGAAGUGCUGGAGUUUUUUUCCUGCUGAAAGUUUAUGUUCUUUAGAGUUUGCUCAGAGUUACGGCUUGUUAGCUUUAACCAAUGACUGAUGCCAAAGGGACACUGAAUUUACAUUCACUUUCCAUCCAUUAACAUCAAUAGGAUCAACAAAAUCUUUCUACUGAUUGGCUUUCUACUCAUAGGUUCACUAGCAAUCCCUAGAUGUCUGGCCAUUGCUGCUCAGCUUCUAUCCAGAACAUGGGAGAUUUCUGAUCAUCUGCUGUCCAGGUAGUUAGCCCCCAUUGGCAACCUCAGUUUCUGUUAUCAAAGGAAGGUAGGCUGAAGAGUCCAACAUGAUUAACACAAUUUGGUCAAUUGAAAAUGUAGAAUUUAAGUGGUUUUUUUUGUGUGUGUGUGUGUGCAUGUGUAUUAUCUGCUACUCUAACUCCCCUGAAGUUGGCUAGACUUUGCUCACUGCACCUAUUGAGAAGUAUGCCGUUAGUGUAGAAAGAGGUUAUGGCAUCACUUUGCAAGAGAGAAUUUGGACACCCAAAAGAUCUUUCAAAACCAGUCUUCUCUGUUACUGGUGUUAAUGUGGAAUAGUUCCCGCAUAGCCAGUACAGAUUGCCCUGGGUUUACACCAGCAUAAUUUAUAGCAGCAUCUGGAUCAAAACUCUGCUUUAGACAGUUUUGGCUGUUCAUAGGAUGUUGCACAGGACUCCUGAGGGGCAUGGCGAAGGGCUGUCCACCAGUAAGAGCUCUCACUCAACUGACCUGGAAAAGCCUCCAUAACAAAUCAUUCAACCCUCCUUCACACUUACCUUUAAAAAGGCUCCUUAAAAACCUUUGCAGUCUUGAGAAUUGUAAUGGUAUGUCAGGUAUAUGAGCCACUCUGUGCUCACACUUCUCCCUUUCAAAUGACCUCCAUCUCCAGCUAUUCUCCUCCCUGCAAGCCUGCUCAGCUUGAAACUUGCAGGUCACUUUGGGACGUGCUCCUGCCUGCCAAGCUAGAAGUACAGUGCUGCUUACCAAAGUGGGAGGUUGUGUGCUGCUGUAAUGCCUUGGCGUAUCCUCAUUUCUUAGUCAGUUUAAGACUAUAAGUGAAUUAAAUGUACAAAUCCUGUAGUUUCCUUUUUAUCUAUAUCUUUUUAUAAGAAUAUACUGUAAUACUAAAAAAAAAAAGCAAAAAAAUUAAAGAUAUAUUGUCCCCA